UCUCUUUUAUUCCAAAUAUGACAAGAAAAAUGUGCUUAUAACUAUGGAAACCCAGGAAUAACAUUUACUUAUGAAACAGCCGGGUAUUGCAAACCAAGUCGUGUGACGUAUAACUCGUGCGACAUCGCAGCGCUACGUCACUUCGCGCGACUCACAUGGUUUGUUUUGGUAGUUUAACUAACUGCAAUUUUUUCUCCCCAUUCUUUUCGGAAUCUCUGGAACAAUGUUGUCCGCGGAUGUUUUCACGUCUUUCCCCGGACAGAUGUGGGAGAAGGUGCUGUCAAAGGUAAACAAAGCGGUUGUUUUCAUGGACGCGGCGUGUGCGGAAAUCCUGCACUGGAGCGGAGGGGCUGCUCUUCUGUUGGACGCCGGAGCGCGCAAUGUCAAGCGCUUUUCCAGCUUUGAAGCUGGCGAGGACAACGAGCCCAAAGCGGUGUUCGUGGUCAGCACUCUGCUGAGAGGAAGAACGGCGGACAUUAUAAAGGACAUUGUUUCUUUUAGCCGCUUCAGGUACUGUGUCGUGUUCACAGCUGUGCCGCACUCUCUGCACCUGUUCGCUGACGGAGUCUCCGCCGAGCUGGAGGGCAACGCGGCGUUUACCCGCUUCGAACAGAAGCUGUGCGGGUGGAUGGGAAAUGCUGAGUAUACAGCCGAGGUCGUGCAUGCCCCAGUGCACUUCGCCAGGGUUUCCUCUCAGCUCCUGAUCGCGCCUGCCUUCGCUGAUCUGUUUCCGCUGCUCGACACGGAUCUCCUCUCCAUCAACCGCAAGCGGCAGGAGAAACGGCGCUUCGCGAGUCUCACCGACCUGGACAUGCACUCGCUCCCUAACGAGCUGCAGGUUAAGAUCCGAGCUCUAGUCUCGGCUCUGAACACCCUCUUCGAGUUCUCCAACACGCGAGAAGAGAGCUUCACCGUGGGCCCGUUGAGUCGCCUGAUCGCUGCCGAGCUGGCCAGUCAUCCACAGGCUAAACACCGGAGGAAGUCCUCCGCUCAUAAAGCCUCUGUGGUCUUCAUCGACAGAACUCUUGAUCUGACAGGAGCUGUGGGACAUCAUGGUGACAGCCUGGUGGAGAAGAUUUUGUCUGUUUUGCCUCCGUUGCCGGGUCACGUGACCGAUGUUCAAGUAGACAUGCUGGAGCUGACGCAUCUUCAGCGCACAGCCGAGGCACAGGGUGUCCUGGCGCCUGGCUGCCUGGGACAGACUCAGUCUGCCGUAGCGCGGUCGCUAUGGGAGACGAUGCUCGUCGCUAAGCAGAAGGAGGCAGUGAUGGAGGUGAGGAGGCAGCUCGUGGAGGCGGCCAGCAAAGAGAACCUGCCAAUCAAAAUGAGUCUGGGGCGUGUGACAGGUGAGCAGCUCUCCACGUAUGCGCAGUUGUUUCGGGACAGUUGGCCGGCGUUAGAGAAUCACUGUGGUUUGUUGCAGCUGGCACUAGGCACCGCUCAGACACUGCGCCACCCCGCCCUCACCCAGUGGGACGCCUGCCUUGCCUUUGAGAGACUCCUCCUUCAGGCGCUGGGAGAGUCUGAACUGGCAGACGUCCUGAAGCAGUUUCUGCCCCUUAUGAAGUCCAGAAGUGGCACCGAGACCGGUUCAGAGUCGGGUUCGGCUGAUUUCAGCUUGGACGAGCUGCUCCUGCUGUUGGUGUACGUGUACUCUCUGGCUCAGGAGACGCAAGCGAGUGGAAGGCAGGACGAGGAGAAGGUGGAGCGAGAGCUUAUCGGGGCGCUGACACUUUUACUCACCCAGCAGACCACGCUGAGUCCUUUGGUGCAGGGUAUUACAGGUACCGCUGUGUUCAAACUGUUCAAACUGGAAAUGGGUGUGAUGAUGAUGAUGAUGAUGAUGAUGAAGAUAAAUGAUGUCACCGUACACUUGUUUUUUUUUUGUCCCCUCAAAAGUCUAUUUAAUAGGAUAUAAAGGUACAAAAAUACAUAACAUUUGAUUUAGAACCAUCUUCGGUGCACAUCUUCUAAGUGCAAAGGGGUCAUCACAUCACAUAAAAACACAACGGUUUUAUCUGUAUGGUCCUUUCCCACCUUCCCGAAUGUUCAGUCAACAUGGCUGAACUUGUAAUUAAUAAGAGUACAGGUCGUUUUGGAUUUACCGCUUGGGUGUGGCGUUCACACCUGAUUGAGCUGAUGUGUUUUGUUUUGUUUUGUUUUUUUAAGAAUAAAUAUAUCCUUUGUAUUUACUGAAAUCAGUGCACUCUACACUGUUACCCAUGGUGCCACACAUUUGUAACUAGGUGGCCAUUUUGAUUUCAUAGCUACAGACAUGCUUAAAAAAAAAAAGAGCCCAAUUCUUUCAACAGACUAUGGUUCGAUCCCAAUUCUCCUCCUUAGGAUAAA